AUGGCUACAUCAUUUCAUCUUCAAUAUUUGGUGAUUUGCUUAUUGUAUGUAUUCAGUGAUUUCGGCUGCCUAUCAUAUGAUGGAAGAACAGUGGGUCCAGCUAUAGCUACAGUAGAAACUAAGAAAGACACUGUAUCUAUUCGACUACAGCGAGUUACCCCGUCUGUUCUCUACAAGAAAUUUAGCAAUGAUAUCAAGGGAGAGAUCUAUAGUUCUAAUUUAGAAGGAACUAUUAAAGAAGCAAAGAGGAAUGGAUACAGUGGACUAACGUUCGACUAUCGUAAUAAUAUGUACUAUGUGAUACAUACAGAGACUGACAGAGCCGUGGGCAAUAUCCUGGGAUUCUAUGCGUCUGGAAAUCACGAAGAGAGCCCAGGUCCUAUUCUACUAUAUUCUGGAUUAUCUCCAACUGUUAAAUAUAGCAUAGUACUGUUUAACAGUAAAACAAGCGCCGAAUUGAGAAAAUAUCGAGCUAUUAUACGGACCAACACCGAAAGUAGACCAUUUAACUAUAUAUUUUUACCAAGUUUAUAUUUUUUAAAUUGUUUAUGA